GUCAAGUGCACGUGUAAAUUAUGACUCGUACAACAUGAUUAAAAAUUAUUUCACAUAAAAUUGAAAAAUAAAACGCUUUUUAUGUGUAUUGAAGCAAUUAUAAGCUUGUUCAAAAUUAUUUGAUUUUAUUAAUUAUCAAUCAAAAUUUCGAAUUAUGAACAAUGUUUCGUUCCUUGCGAGUUGCAUCUUUUUAAAAAUGUUGACAAACAAUGUGAUAUAGCGUUAACAUCAAAUAUUUUUAGAGAUGAUACAAUGCCUAAUUUAUUAUUUAUUGAAGAGUAUUAAUGUAAGUGAGUAAUUAAAACAGUUAUUAGGAAAAUUACUAUAUACUGGCAAUAAUGUGGGUAUUUGGUUAUGGUUCACUCGUAUGGAAAGCGGAUUUUCCAUAUGAGAAGACCCUGGUUGGUCACAUCAAAGGAUACGUUAGGAGAUUUUAUCAGAAAAGUACAGAUCACAGAGGAAUACCCAGUAGACCUGGUCGUGUUGUCACAUUGCUUUCUUCUGAGAAUUCUGACGACGAAGUGUGGGGUAUCGCUUAUAAAAUAUCAUCUCACGAUAUAAAUAAAGUUGUGAAACACUUAGACUACAGAGAAAGAGGUGGUUAUGAAAGAAAAUGUGUUCUCUUUUAUCCGUCUUACUCGAUAGAAAAUAUUGGAUCGCAUCUAUUAGCAAAUAGUGCUUCCCAGGACAAUCUUGAAAACGCAAAAUUGUUGCCAACAACUGUGAAUGACAUGCCAUUUUACAUUACAAUUUACAUAGGUGGGGAAGAUAAUCCAAAUUAUGCAGGUGUAGAAGACAUAUCUACAAUAGCAAAACAAAUACUUGUAUCUCAUGGUCCUAGUGGAGCUAAUACAGAAUAUUUGUAUAAAUUAGCCUCUGCAAUGCGAAUAAUUGCACCAGGUGUAUACGACAACCAUUUAUUUACCUUGGAAUCAGCUGUAAAAGCAUUAGAAGAGGAACAGAAAACAAACAUGAAAUUGGAUCAAAAUUUAUGUAAGAAUAAAGAUAGAUAAGGCAUCUUUGUAUUUGAUAUACAACAAAAUAGACAAGUUAUUUGGAAUAUUUAUACAGCUAGAUGUAAAGGAGAGAUUUUUACAGUACGAAAUGUGAUACUUGUACUAAUGUAAUUUAAACGAAAAUAUUUAAAAGUAACGGUUUCUUUUAAAUAUUUUUUAAUUUAUGUACAAAAAUAAAUGUAUAUAAACUAAUAUCCAAACAAA